AUGACAUUAUUACCUCAAGAUUAUUUACGUACACUGACAGCUAUUCGUGAACGCUGUGUUCAAGUAUAUGAAAACCGUCAAAACCUUGUUGCUUUCGAUAUAGACGAGUCUCGCUUACCAGACAUUGUUGAACACGUUGUGAGCACAACAACACGUCGUUUCCCUCAAUUAGAUCAAAUCCCUCCUCAUUCACGUAUGCGUCAUUUUGAUGCCUCUCAAAUGCAAGCCUUGCGUAACCGUUGGACGCAUGACCAAGUGGAUGCUGUAGAACAAGCGCGUCGUUUAGUCGAUCUGGUUAUUGUUUCUGUCUUGGUUGAUGCAGGUGCAGGUCAAGUAUGGAAGUACAAGACAGAACAAGGCCAAUCAAUUGGAAGAUCAGAAGGACUUGCUUUGGCUUCUUUUGAUAUGUUCUUGAAUGGGUAUUUUUCGAGUCAUGCUCAGGUUCCUGAUCGUGUCGAUGCUACCGGACUAGAUCAGAUUACAGUGGACAAAAUGACAAAGGGAUUUCAAGUGACUGAUGAGAAUCCUAUGGUGGGUUUAGAAGGUCGCUCUAACCUAUUGAAACGUCUAUCUCAAGUAUUGAAAAAUCAACCUAUUUAUUUCCCUCCUAUCCACCAUGAAUCUCCACGACCUGGCAACUUGAUUGAUUUCCUAUUGUCUUCUGUAAAGCCAGGGGAAAAAACAAUCCGUAUAGAAACAUUAUGGGAAGCAGUGAUGAGUUUGGGUGGUAUUUGGCCUGCACGUAUUCAAAUCAAUGGUGUUGCAUUAGGUGAUGUCUGGCCUUGCGCUUCUCUUGUAGACCUUGGUAACCAUGAAAAUUUGGUUCCUUUUCAUAAACUCUCUCAAUGGCUAACUUACUCAUUGAUUGAAUCUAUCGAAAUCUCACUUGGUCUUGUUAUUGAGGGUGUUGAACACAUGACGGGUCUUCCGGAAUACAGAAAUGGUGGUCUUUUAGUUGACUAUGGUCUAUUGACCUUGAAGCCUGAAGAAUUAAAGCGCGGUGGUGCCUUGAGAGAAGGGGACCUGCCUUCUUUUGAAGGUUCGGAUCCUGUCAUUAUUGAAUGGCGUGCAUUGACUGUUGUCUAUUUGGACAAGAUCAAGGCACACGUAGAGCAAAAAUUAGGUCAAAAGCUCUCUUUGGCUCAGGUCUUGGAAGGUGGUACCUGGACUGCCGGAAGAGAAAUUGCUGCUCAGUUGAGACCUAAAGAUGGUGGCCCACCUAUUAUCAUUAAGAGUGAUGGAACUAUUUUUUAG